GGCCUCAGCCCCGCAGCUCUCGCUCGCUCGCUCUCUCUCUCUCUCACACACACACACACACACAAACACACACACACACACAAGCUUACACUCGGGGCACACACACACACACACACACCGUACAACUGUGUGCCAUAACAUUGCACUGGGCGGCGACGUUACACCGCCGCCUCCUCCUUUUCCUCCUCCUCCUCCUGCCGGAGUGUCGCUUUGGGGAGGGGGUCUGGGGAGGAGGGAGGGGGGCCCAGAGACCGGAGCAGAGGGACCGCGGCGGCGGCUGCGACGGCGGCAGCAUGAAAGUGACCGUGUGUUUCGGGCGGACCCGGGUGGUCGUGCCGUGUGGAGAUGGGAAUAUGAAAGUUUCCAGCCUCAUCGAGCAAGCGGUGACUCGUUACAAGAAGGCCAUCGGCAAGGAUCCAAAUUAUUGGAUAAAAGUUCAUCGUUUGGAGCAUGGUGAUGGUGGGAUCCUCGACCUGGAUGACACCCUCUGUGAUGUAGCUGAUGACAAAGACAGACUGGUCGCUAUAUUUGAUGAACAAGAUCCACAUCAUGGAGGUGAUGGUACCAGCGCCAGUUCCACUGGCACUCAGAGUCCAGAGAUUUUUGGCAGUGAGCUUAGCGCCAACAAUGUUUCAGCCUUUCAACCCUACCAAGCAGCAAGUGAAAUUGAGGUCACGCCUUCCGUUCUUCGUGCAACUUUUUCUCAUAAUGUGUAUGAUGACCCAAAAGAUGAAAACUACCGAAGCCUCCCACGGGAUACUAGUAACUGGAAUAACCAGUUUCAGAGAGAUAAUGCUCGCUCAUCAUUGAGUGCCAGUCAUCCCAUGGUGGACAAGUGGCUGGAAAGGCAAGAACAGUCUCUUGGAUUCCCUGUCUACAUCUGUUCUUUGGAGCCAACCAGGUUUGAUUCCACUUUCAUGGGACAACCGCUCUUCAAAACUCUGGGGUUAUUAGUGAAACGACUGGAAAAAGGCGGUAAGGCUGAACAAGAAAACCUUUUUCAUGAGAAUGAUUGCAUUGUCAGGAUUAACGAUGGAGACCUUCGCAACAGAAGAUUUGAACAAGCACAACAUAUGUUUCGCCAAGCCAUGCGUACACCCAUCAUUUGGUUCCAUGUGGUCCCUGCGGCAAAGAAAGAACAGUAUGAACAACUAUCUCAAAGUGAGAAGAACAAUUACUAUUCAAACCGCUUCAACCCCGACACACAGUAUAUGGAUAACAAGAGUGUUAAUAGUGCAGGACUUCCUGGACUCCAAAGAAUACCCAGACUGAAUCAUCAGGCUGACCAAACAGACUCUUACUCACACCUACCUCAUAGUGCCAACAUGGCAGGAAAACUGCCAUCAACUGUGUCUCCCUCACAGCAAAAUGUCCUUAGUCCAACUCCAAGCAGUGGUUAUAACACCAAAAAAAUAGGAAAGAGGCUUAAUAUCCAGCUUAAGAAAGGUUCAGAAGGUUUGGGUUUUAGCAUCACUUCCAGAGAUGUUCCAGUUGGUGGCUCAGCUCCAAUUUAUGUGAAAAAUAUCCUUCCCAGAGGGGCUGCUAUUCAAGAUGGUAGACUAAAAGCAGGAGAUAGGCUUGUGGAGGUAAAUGGAGUAGAUUUAACAGGCAGAACCCAAGAGGAGGUUGUCUCCUUGCUUAGAAGCACCAAGAUGGGAGGAACUGUGAGCCUUCUUGUCAUUCGCCAGGAAGAAGCCUUCCAUCCAAGGGAAAUGAAUGCAGAACCAAGUCAGAUGCAGAUUCCCAAAGAAACGAAAGCAGAAGAUGAGGAUCUUGUUCUUACACCUGAUGGCACUAGGGAAUUUCUGACAUUUGAAGUUCCACUUAAUGACUCUGGAUCUGCUGGUCUUGGAGUCAGUGUUAAAGGCAACCGGUCCAAAGAAAACCAUGCAGAUUUGGGGAUCUUUGUCAAGUCAAUUAUUAAUGGAGGAGCAGCAUCCAAGGAUGGAAGGCUUCGAGUGAAUGAUCAACUGAUAGCAGUAAAUGGAGAAUCCCUGUUGGGCAAGACAAAUCAAGAUGCCAUGGAAACACUAAGAAGGUCCAUGUCUACAGAGGGAAACAAGCGAGGAAUGAUUCAGCUUAUUGUAGCAAGGAGAAUAAGCAAAUGCAAUGAGGUGAAGUCACCUGGGAGCCCCUCUGGGCCAGAACUGCCUAUUGAAACUGUGCUGGAUGACAGGGAAAGAAGAAUUUCCCACUCCCUCUACAGUGGGAUUGACAGUCUUGAUGAGUCUCCUACAAGAAAUGUUGCACUCAGUAGGAUAAUGGGUAAAUACCAGCUGUCUCCAACAGUGAACAUGCCCCAAGAUGACACUGUUAUCAUAGAAGAUGACAGACUGCCAGUAUUCCCUCCUCAUCUUUCGGACCAAUCAUCCUCUAGCUCCCAUGAUGAUGUGGGAUUUGCGAUAACAGAUGCUGGAGCAUGGGCUAAAGCCACAAUUAGUGAUUCAGCAGACUGUUCUUUGAGUCCAGAUGCCGAUCCUGUUCUUGCUUUUCAACGAGAAGGAUUUGGACGCCAGAUAGCUGACGAGACUAAACUCAAUACUGUGGAUGACCAGAAAACAGGUAAGAAUGGACAGUUUGGCAAACAUCGAAAAGAUGACAAGAUUGAGAAAUCGGGUAAAAUAAAAGUACAGGAAGCCCUUACUUCAGAAGAGGAGAGAAUACGAAUGAAGCAAGAACAGGAGAGGAUUCAAGCCAAAACUCGAGAAUUUCGAGAAAGACAAGCUCGAGAGCGUGACUAUGCUGAAAUCCAUGAUUUUAAUCGGACUCUUGGUGGGGAAGGUGACUCAUCAUAUGCUGGAAUAUCUUCCUAUGAAACCUCCAUGAACAGUGGGGCGAUGACUUUCAAUGCCAGGCCCCAGAGCCCCAGAGAAGGACAAACCACGGACGCUUUAUACGCGCAAGUAAAGAAGCCUCGAAAUUCCAAACCUUCACCAGUCGACAGCAACAGAUCCACUCCUAGCAACCAUGAUCGGAUACAGCGUCUGAGGCAAGAAUUUCAGCAAGCAAAGCAAGAUGAGGAUGUCGAAGAUCGAAGACGUACCUAUAGUUUUGAACAACCCUGGCCAAACACUAAAGUAUACACACAGAGUGGAAGACAUUCAGUUUCUGUGGAAGUGCAGAUGCAGAGGCAGAGGCAAGAAGAGAGAGAGAGCUUUCAGCAAGCCCAGCGCCAAUACAGCUCAUUACCAAGGCAAAGCAGAAAGAAUGCCAGCUCUGUGUCUCAAGAUUCCUGGGAACAGAACUACUCUCCUGGAGAAGGCUUCCAGAGUGCAAAGGAGAAUCCCAGAUACUCCAGCUACCAGGGCUCAAGAAAUGGCUACAUGGGAGGGCAUGGCUUUAAUGCCAGGGUGAUGUUGGAAACCCAGGAACUUCUUCGCCAGGAACAGAGGCGGAAAGAGCAGCAGCUGAAAAAAAAGCCACCUUCUGAUGGACCUAACAACUAUGACUCCUACAAGAAAGUCCAGGACCCCAAUUAUGGCUCUCCCAAAGGACCUUUCCGGCAAGAUGUGCCCCCCUCCCCAUCUCAGGUAGCCAGGUUAAACAGAUUGCAAACCCCAGAAAAAGGAAGACCGUUUUAUUCUUGAGUGGGUGAGGGGGCACAUACCUCCAUGCAAUGCAAUAAAGGACAUUUUCCUUUGAAGACUUGUAUUUUGGAAGGUUUUUAAAAAACUCGAUGGUACUACGGAAUAUCUCUGUUGUCUGAAUCAGUGCCUUUAGCAAUUUGGGCAAAGGAGUGGUGGGCCUUAAUGUCUUUGCCACUGUGUCUCAAGUGUUAUUUUCAUGGAAGGAUUUUCCCUCGCCCGCCAAUCGACAAUCGUCCUGUUAAGUAUGCUCAGCAUCUCCCCUGAGUAUUGACCAUCUUUGCCCAGUCCAUUAGCUGUCAAUGACUCAUUAUUAUGGUUUGCAGCAAUGUGUUCUACUCUGCAGUGGAAUUUUAAUACAACAGCCUAUCUAGCCUUGCAGAAUAAAAUGAACCUGGAAUUGGGGAUGGUAUUUCUCCAUCCUUCUUUCUUUUAACUCCUCUUGGGUGAGAGGGGAGCCCGAAAGAACAAGAUCCACCAGAAAUCACAGCUUUAAGAUACUUCCAAGUAGGAUCAUUUAUGGUACUUUUUGAUCAAUAUUUAAGUAUUGAAAUAUGGUUUUCCCUUCUUUAUCUCAUAUUGUUUUCAAAGAUGAAUCUCCUUCAUUCUAAUACAAAAUCACACUGUGACACUUUUCAGUUAUCCUAAGGUUCCUUUUACAUUUACUUUAUAUCAACUAGAAUCUUAUCAAGAAGGGAAGCAUCAAAGACCAUAUAUAUUUAUAAAUACAACUUCCCAAUCAAAUCCACAGUGACAGUUUGCUUUUCCCCUGUCAUUUAUCAUAGGGAAGAGGGGGGAGGUGGAAGGGAUUGUUGGAGGAGGGGUAGGCACAUCUGCCUCAAUGCAUUUUGUUGUGUGAAAAUGGUAUCAGGAAAAAAAAGAAGAAAGAAUUCUCUUAGAAUGAGUCUAGAGUCCAAUACAUGAUGGUAAUUACUUUAAUUAGUUUUUGUUUUGACAGGUCUGGGAGGGAGGGCAAAGAGCAGGACAAAGAGAAAUGAGAUAGUCGCUUUGGAGAGCUAAAAGCGAAUAUGUUUUCUACCUUUUUUUUUCCUGAAGUCUUGUUAUAACUGACAUUUGGUCUGUACUUCCUUAUUAAAAAAAUCUAUAUUGUGAUACCACAUUAAAAAAUUUUUACACAUAUGAAGAAAAUAAAGGAUAUGUGGAAGGAAAUUGUUGCAUAUCCUACCAAAUGCACAUCAGUGUCCAAAAAAAAAAUCAUAAAAACAACUUGAUUGCUCUUAACGGCAUCAUUUUUCAUGUGUACAAUGAGAAGGAGAAUCUCUAGUGCAACAGCUGUUUUUAUAUUUGUGGGUCUGAUCUUCAUGUAUGUAAAACAGAGCUGGGUUGCUAAAGUGCCUGCAAAUCCUGAUGUAGAGGAAGGGAAAGCCUGAGGUUAAAGCUCAGCAUAUCAUGUACAAAAAAAAAAAAAAAGAAAAGAAAAAGUGGGGGGGGAUAAAAAGCAGAAUCAUGUAUUGUGGAAUCUAAAAUAUGCCUAUUUUUUUUUUACUGGCACAUUUUAUUUUAUUUUUGUGGCAUUUUUUUUUUUCCAAACCUAUGUGAAACUAUGUGAAGCCAGCUUUGUGUACCUGUGUCUUUUGUGCCUAAUUGUUAAUGGUUCUGUUUGUUAAUAACGUGCAACAGUGUUUAAAAGGUGUCACUAAUGUAAGCACGGUGACAGCGGCUCUUUCACACAGCCAUUGUGCUGCUGUGGGAAAUGGCGUUCCCUGUACAUAUGAGACUUAUAAUAAAAGGCUUAUUUCUGUUC